AUGGCGCGAUACGAUUUUGAUUUCAUCGUAGCUCUCUCGCGGUCCGAUGUCGGCCUAGUAUAUCAGAAAGUUAGCGGAACAGCUUUUGACCCCUCGUCAGGUCGCAUCAGCAUCACGGGUAUGAACUGUGCAGGACAUCUCUCUGGAGCCAUUGCGCAUCAUGCCUCCCACGUUGCACGAACCAGCAUCGGACCCGGAGGACAUGACGGUGCCCUGAAUGGGUAA